CUCCUCCUUUCAGUCGUGAUCCUUGCCGCCGCGCGCAAGGACGCUCGCUUUUCCCCCCGAGUCGGCCUUUGAGGUUAGGUCCACGCUAGUGCAAGUGCAUUCGAUGCGUCCGUCCAUGUAGUUCGCGGUUGUGUCUUCGGUGUUUGUUUACGUUCUCGUAUCGAGACCCGCGCGCAAUGUGUUCAUCCUACAGCUCCCGGAAUCCUAGCCGACGUACGAAUCAAUGCUCAAGAAUUUCACGAUGAACCAGCACCGACUGCCAUGCUUGAGACCCAAGGACUGAAAAGUCUUUAGAUGAAAUAAAUAAGCACGCAAAUAUUCAUCAAAAAUUAUAAUAAUUUAAAAAAAAAAUGCUUCGAACAAUUCCGAUCAACGAGUUUUCCCCUAGAGUCAGGUGGAGCUCACUGCUCAAAAAUAAAGUUGCUCACUGUCACAACGUCAUCUCGCGGACGUUACUAUUACUACACUACAAAAAGUUAAAUCUACUAUUAAAGCUCGCGGUAUUUGUAAAUAUAUAUGUUAGUUGUGUUUCCUGUAUACCUGUAAUAAAUGAUAGUGAUACUCAUGUGAUAUAUACGACAAAUCGUAAUCAACUUAGGAUAAGAAGGUCUCCUAUUUAUGACGAUGUGCAAUCUUAUUUAACUAAAUUCGGGUACUUGCCAGAAUCCGAUGUAGAAAUUGGAAACUUAAGGACUGAAGAACAACUUAGAGAAGCUAUAAAAAAUUUACAAACUUUCGCGAACAUUGCGCCGACAGGGUUGAUAGACGGGGCGACGCGGGAGCUGAUGCGGAGGCCGAGAUGCGGUCUGCCGGACAUCCCGACCACCAACUUCCGCAGCAAGCGCCACACGCUCCACGGACAGCGCUGGCACCACACCAACCUCACUUGGAGUUUGCGGACGGGGCACAAUGGAUCAGUGCGGCGGGAGCUGAGCAGGGCGCUUGCCCUGUGGGCUAAACAUUCCAAACUGACCUUCCAAGAGGUCAACGAUGAAAGGGCGGAUAUUCUCAUCGAGUUCAAAAAAGGAUAUCACGGCGAUGGAUAUCCUUUUGAUGGACCGGGGCGUAUUUUGGCCCAUGCUUUCUUCCCGGGUAGCGGCAGAGGAGGGGAUGCACAUUUCGACGAGGAAGAGAAUUGGCUCCUCGAUGAUUCCGAUGACCGAAGAGAAAACGGGAUGAGCCUGUUCGCAGUUGCGGCGCACGAAUUCGGGCAUUCGUUGGGACUGAGCCAUUCCUCCGUGGCCGAUGCUCUCAUGUUUCCCUAUUACAAGGGCAUCUCUGGCGAUUACGAUCUCCCCAACGAUGACCGCCUUGCCAUACAAAUUCUUUACGGAUCCCGCGAUGACAAGAUGUGGGCCCACAUCCCGGAGUACCGCCCCAGCGUGGACAACGGCAACGGUCUGUUCCCGGGUCACCGGGCCGGGGGCCACCACCCCCAUCCCCACACACCGGCCACGGAGGACCCCCGCAGGAGGCACCCCACCCCGCCCCGCACCACCCCCACCACCACGACAACCACGACGACGACCACCACCACAACAACGACAACUACACCAAGGCCGACGACGCGCCCGACCAGACCCGUAUAUCGGCGACCCUACAACCCCCACGGUCCGGCCUACCAACCCCCCGUUCCGCUCCCACCGCAACCCCAGAAACCGGACACAUGCGAUACCUCCUACGACGCUGUCGCUGUCAUCAGGCGAGAAACCUUCAUCUUCAAAGACAAGUAUAUUUGGAGAAUCGGUGAUAAAGGACUCUAUCCCGGAUAUCCAGCCUUGACAGAGCGACUGUGGCAGAACCUUCCUCCUAACUUCACCCACAUCGACGCUGUGUAUGAGAGACUUGACAAAAAAAUCGUAUUUUUCAUCGGGAAAUACUUCUACGUGUUUGACGCGAAUGUUUUGAUGCAUGGAUACCCCAAACCUCUGACAGAACUAGGCCUUCCACCAACCCUGGAGAAGGUCGACGCAGCAUUUAUUUGGGGUUACAACAGCAAAACCUACUUUUUUAGUGAAACGAUGUAUUGGAAAUUUGAUGAAGAAUUGGGACGCGUCGAACUGGACUACCCACGAGACAUGUCUAUUUGGCGCGGAGUCGGCUACUACAUCGACACUGUAUUUCAGUGGAAUGACAGUCGCACGUACUUUUUCAAAGGGAAAGGAUUCUGGAAAUUCGACGAUUUGCGGAUGCGCGUAGAGAACGAGCAGCCGCGGCCAUCAGCUCAGUUUUGGAUGGGUUGUCCCCCCAACCCGAAGAACCCAACCAAGGACAGACUUGCCUCUGAGGGCCGUAAGAAUAAGUCAAAAAGCGACCCCAACGCCUCCUCGAAAUCUGCCGAAUCAAUGACUGCCAUACUCUUCAUGCUCAUCCUUCAUUUUGUAUACGUUCAUCAUUUGUAAUCGAUGCUGCCAUCAUGCUGUGAAAUAGCCCUUCCUAGCACCGCCGCACGGUGGAUCGAGUCAACUAGAGAGAUUGGACACGGAACAUUUGACCAAAACUGCAAAUUUUGAUGUUUAAUUCGUCACAUUUUAAAUUUUAAGGAGCGCCUUCAGAGGAAAAUUUAACGAGGAAACCAAUGGAACCACUUUCAGAACCUCAACGUUUUGUAUAAACGGAGUUAUAAGCGUUUAAAGUUCCCAAAUUUUGUCCGACCUCCUAUUGACUUGGUCCAUUGUGCGCUGGGUAUUGAGAAAGAACGCCAUAUGAGCAUUUGAAUCUCCCCAAGUUUUCUCCGUUUAAAAAUUUAUUCUUCCGAGAAUGAGUGAUUUUUUAUUUUUAAAAAAAAUCCCUUCGAAGUUUCAGGUACAUAUAGUCUUGCGAUUAAUGGUUUGAAUAGUCAAAGAAGAAAUGGAUACACUGUACAGAAAAUGAUAAAAAAAAACAACGCAAUAGUGUGCAAUACACCCAAAAAAUGGCUAUGAUAAGGCUACAUAGAUAUAAUGAACGCAGCUAGGACUUAUAACAAGGCAAAAUACAUGCCCAUUUUUAACUGGGAAAAAGCUAAAACUUAAAAAAAUAAAACAAGGAAAAGAGCAUACAACUGACCGAGAUAGCUGACUUGCUUUGAUUCCUAUCCCGGUCAGUUUCAAGCAUAGAGGCGGAUCCACCAAUUUGGCGACUCCGGAUUUUCUCCAUUUAAACUUGUGUUAAAUAAUCGAUUCUUGUCGGAGCACCUGGCUCCUUCAAGAAUCGAUACAAUUCCAUAUGUUUAAAUGGAGGAAAGAAUGUUGCCAAUUUGUUGGAUCCGCCACUUUCAAGCUCAAUUUUGUGUUUUAAUUUUUUAUAACGUUUGUUUUUUUGGAGUUCAGAGCGUGCAUGCAAUUAGCCCCAUGCGUCCUGGUUCUGUUUAUUUUGAGUGUAUUUUCCGAAGGAAAUACACUAUUUUUUUUCAUUCCGCCCUGUCAUACCCAUUUUUAAUGUAUUUUUCUCGCACUGUACGGUUGUAUUUUAUCAGAGAAAAUGUGGCAACGUCUAAAUAUUCAUACGGUGUUUUUCUGUAGUUCGGCAGAUUAAUACUCUGACCUCAUUGGAGUGAGUUAGUUGGAGUGAGACGAGGACACUAAUAGCUCUCUAAAUAUAUGUGUACCAAAUUUGUACUUCUUGGGCCGUAUGUAUACUUUCGAUAUGUAUUGCUGAAUUCUUUAGGCAAUUUUACGUAUUCAUUUAAAUCCUCUCUCUUGCUCAUCCUCUUCAAUGACGACUUCUCAGUGCAAUAAUCAGUUGGGUGUGUCAUCAUUGAAAAGACAAGAUACAUCUAGUUUCAAACUUUCAUAACCUCCUAAUUUUUUAACUGAUGUUUUAGCAAAGAUUAAAAUUGAAAUGACGCCUCUUUAGCAAGAAGUUUACCUAGACGGAUGAACUGUCUCAGGUGAAAAUGUUUUAAUCUCUUAUGACGUUAAAAUGUUUGAUUCAACUUGACAUCUGAGACUUAAGGCUAUUAGCGGCCAAAGUAAUGUGUUAGAUCUUUACGGCUUCAAUAAAACUUGACUCAGCAUACACUGAUUCUGUCACAAUUGUGUUCGUUUGGGAAGUGGCUUCAUGAUUUUUUACAGUUUAUUCCCGAGAGUUAUUCUUUAACUUCGUUCCUUUGUUUUCCCUCCUCCAAUAAAGACACGUGGACGAAGUAAUGUACAUUUUAAUUUUAAUUAAUUCAACGUUCAAACAAAAAGCAGUUUACAGAAUUCUUUCGUCGAAAAAAUUAUGUGAGCUCAAGGUGUAUGAAGUCUCGGGUCAUCGGCCAUAGGAACCAAAAAUACUUUGAAGUGCGUUUAUAGCCCGUUUGCUAACUUCUACACCUGGCUGAGUUCUUGAAUGCAUGCAAUUUCAAAUGAAGCAAUUUGUCAAAUUCGACCUUACAAGUUCUGCAGACGGGAGAGAAAAUUAAAGGAACUUUAUUUUUAAAUGACUCUCGCAUUUUUUGUUCAACCUUUUGCAUUUACUUCUUGAAUUGUGAUAUUAAAAUACAUAAUUUUUAUACUAUAUUGUAAAGACAAUGGAAAGUGUGAUAAAAUAGACUAAAACCAAAAAAACACGGGUUUUUUUUCU